GAGAGAGAGAGAGAGAGAGAGAGAGAGAGAGAGAGAGAGAGAGAGAGAGAGAGAGAGAGAGAGAGAGAGAAUGGCCAGUGGAUUGACAGCGGGAGCGGGACUGGGACUGGGAGCGAAGUUGCAGGUGCCAAGUUGUCUGAGCAAGGUGCGGCCAACAGCCGACGAAUCCGCGGGAAGGAGCAGGCUUGAUGGCGGGAAGAGGUGGGGCGCCGUUUCAACCCCUGCGCGGGGCCACGGCCCAAUUCGUUCCGCCGAAAGCUUGGCGCGGCGGAAGGAUCUUAUUGGGAACGCACGAACAGCCUUCAUGAUCUCUUCUCCAUCUCGCUGGCCCUCCUCUCUAUUGUUUUGCUAUUCCUCCCCCCCCUCCUCCUCCUUCUCCUCCCCCUCCCCCCCCUCCUCCCCCUGCUCCUCCUCCUGGACAUUGUCCUCGAUUUCCUCCUUGUUUCGAGCAUCCCAUCAUUCUCUGGGGCCCGGAUCCGGAUCCGUUGCAGUGGGGAUCAAGGAACGGCUGCUGCGCCACGUGGGCUGCCACGUGUCGCGCCCCCCAUUGACUGCGGCCGUUGAUUGCGCGAUGAUUGCCUCCGCGUGCUCAUCAUCGUUCGCAUUGUUCCGGUCUAUGUCUGGUCGGAGCGGCGGAAUGUAUGACGACGAUCACGUGGUUUUGUCGCUUUCGGCGGCGGCAAUUGGUCGUUGCGUGCGACCGGUCGCCCCGCUCUUCUCUCCGGUUCUCCGCCCGCGCCGCUUGAUUGAUAGGUCGCCUACUUCCCGAGGAGGGUAUGGAGGUCGGAGGUGGUUGUUGGGGGGGAAGAGUCUGGCCCCUCCUCCGUGCGCUCUCGCGGCUGCUGCCACGUGGACAGGUAAUCAAGACGAGGCUGAGGAUGAGCCAUCAACGGAGGCUGAUCAGCAUUACACGUGGCAGCCGCCGCGAGCGAGAGAGGUAGACGCUCUUUUUAAGAAGCAGCUCGAUAGGGGUGAAUGUGGAGCGAGGGGGAGGGUGGGAGGAGACGGGAAGGAGGUGGGAGGGGUUGGGAGGGGAGCGGGAGCGAGAGCGGGAGCGGGAGCAGGAGGAAAGAUAGUAUACUCCAAUCAGCAUGAGGAAGGUCUCAUCAGCUCUGAACGGGAGGAGAAGCAGCGGGAGGGAGAGGCGGAUAUGGUGGGGGAGGAGGAGGAGGAGGAAAAUGAGCUGCUGGCCGAGAUUGCUGAUCGAUUGGACCGUUAUCGCGAUCCCGAUCUGGAGGCCAUUACACGAUGGGACAUGGCGCGUGGAGAGUCGGAAGACCACCAGUCGGAGGAGGAGGAGGGGUCGUCCUCCGGAUCUCGGCCUGGUCGCGGGGCCGGCUCGUCGGACGACUGGUCGUUGCGAUCCAGAGAACACGUCAGAGAGUUUCUGGCACAGCGGCGGAGGACGGGGGCUAGGGGGGUGGAUCGGGGUCGGGAUCGGGAUGUUACGGAGGCUGGCGGGGCCAGUAAUGAGGCUGAAAAGACGAUGAUGAUUGCGAAGGAGAGAGGAAAGAGGAGGCGGAGGAGAACGCGCUGAAUGAGCUUGAUGGGCAAUGGCGGAGCAGGCAGCAGGGGGGAUGAAUUGAAGGAAGGGGGAGGGGUUAGUGUUGGGGGAGGGAGCAGAGGUGGUGGGAGGGGGCUUGGGAGGGAGGUGAUUGCAUUCGGCGGAGGAAAUCCGGCUGUGGAGGGUAGCUUCUGGCAAGCGGAGGAGGCGGGGCGUUGGGGGCGAGGCGGGCGCAAACCGGACGAAAAGAAGGGGGUCGGUUUGAGCAGAGAGGGUGGAGUAGGAGGUAUGAUAGGUUCCCCAUUUCCCCCUCCCCCUCCCCCUCCCCCGUUCCCUUCUCCUCCUUUCCCCCCUGCUUCCCCUGCUGCUCGUGAAUAUGAACCUGUUGAUCGAAGGCCAUCUAUGGAAAGUGGCGUCGAUAGAGGAGGAAGAGGAGGGGAAGGAGGAGGGGAAGGAGGAGGUGGUUCGGCUAGUGCAAUGGGCGGAGCUUGGGGAUCAUAUCAGGUAGACUCCAUGACACGUGGACGUGGGUGGAGUGCAGGGGAGAAGAAGGAAUGCAGAUCGUCCGAUAGAAUGACGAUUGUUCAACGAAAUUACUCAGCUGGAACGACAGGAAUUGGCUGGAAAUUGAGGAGGAGAGCAGAUUGGCGGGAAGCGCCGGACGGUUCAAAGGGAGGCGGCGGCGGGAAAGUGGGAGCGGGACAAGUGGCCGGAGAGAGGAUGAGCACGGGGUGCAGCUUCUCUGAUGAGUUCGCGCUCAAUGUGAGCCUGACACGUGUCACCGAGCUGGAGGAUUGGGAGGCGGUAGUCAAGAGCUCGUUGAGAGGCGCGCGGAAAAAAAGGUUCUCGCUAAUCAAUGUAGCGACGGCGUUGCAUCGGCUUGGACGGAUCUAUGAUGAUUCCAAUCUGUUCCCUUGGGAAAAGGAGGCAUUGGUGCGAGGCAAAGAAGUUGUUUCGCUGGUGACUAUGGCCAUGCAAAGGAGGCGGGAGUGCAGUCCUCGGGCACUGUCGAACAUUGCAUGGGCUUUGUCCAAGAUUGGAUCUGGGGAUAUGUUCAUGAAAGAGUUUGAUGCCAUAUCAGAAGUCGCCCUGCAGAAGCUGAAUGAGUUUUCUCCUCAACAUCUUGCUAACACGGCUGGAGCAUUUGCUACAAUGCAACAUUCAUGUCCCCAACUAUUUGACGGAAUUGCAAGAUAUGCAGCAGAGAAAAUAUCUUUGUUCCAACCACAGGAGCUUUCGCAGCUGUUCUGGGCGUUUGCAGUGUUGAAUCACGAGUCUCCGGUUUUAUUCCAUGCAUCCGAUACGCGGUUUGCAGUUCGUGGGACCAUCAUUUCGGCGAACGAUGACGCAUGUGCGGAAGACCUGACACAUGCGCGGAAAGGGAGUCUGGAGGGAGAAGGGCGUGAAGUCAACCAGAGAUCUGACGGUGGAGAAAGUUUGCGUAAUGAAUCUAAUAAUCGAAUGCAGGGGGAUCUGUUGGGCUCCCGAAGUGGCCACCCGCCCUAUUGCAACGAUAGUCUUCCUUAUGUGAACGGAACCCCUUCUUCCAAGUCUGGUUCAAAGUGGAGCGAUUCUUCUGCGAGCCCGCAAUCUGGCAGGUUGUUGUUUUCCGUACCGUCAUCAUCUGUGUCGGAGACGGGCUCGUUGUCGGACGCGAAGCCGACUGAAAGAAUCAGGGACGUCUCUUUCUUGUCUACCCCUUCCUCAGGUCGCCGUUUCGGGGAAUUUGGAGAACAGCAGCUUGCAAACAUGGCUUGGGCAUUCGCAGUCCUCUCGCAGACUUUUCGCCCCACCUUUGCCGAACUCUUGUCGGAAGUGAACUUGCGAGGAAGCAGGGGGCCAAUGAGUGUCUGGCACUUGUCGCAGUUGUACCAGCUGAUGCUCAGUCUUGCUAUGGAGGGAAACAGACAGCCUUCCAUACUAAUGACAUGUCAGCAACAUGCCAUGUGUCGUCAAUGCUUCCAGGAAGCUUUCAUAGAAAGCCGCCAUACGACAAACGGCACCAUCAACCUUCAGGCGAUGCCAUGCAGCAGAUCACGCCAUAGGCAGAUCAUGACGGCUUGUUGUCAGGCGACGGCGUCAGGAUGCCAUGCGGCAAAUAAUUCCAGGUGCCGAAUGACGGUUUUGCACAUGUCGGGGCACCGAUGGCGGAACUUGUUUUUCUUAUCCUCCUAUGUACCGCUCUGCCUCCAUAGCCUGCAAGGUACGGACAGCUUUCCUUCACAACAGAGGGCCAGCUAUGGAGGCAGAGCAGCUAUGGAGGUCGACAGCUGUGGAGGCAGAGCAGCUGUGCAAGGAAGAGGAGAUUCUUCCACACCAGACGACAGUCGAUCACGUGGCAUUUCCUCCUCUGUUGUUUUAACUGUGCAUGUGGCAUUUCCUCAUUGUUUUGACGGGCCACGUGGCAGUUGCUUGUUGUCGUCGGUGGAUUGAUUUCUGAAAAGGGAGAGAAGAUCUUUGGAAGGGCAAGUUGGCAAUUUCACAGUACGGCAGAGCAGCUAUCGAGGCAGAGAAGCUGUGAAAGGAAGAGGAGAUUCUUCCGCAAAAGACUAGAGUGGAGGAUGUGGCUUUUCCUUGUUGCCUCGUUGUUUUGACUGCGCACAUGGCAGUUGCUUGUGGUCGUCGUUGGAGUGAUUUCUGAAGAGGAGAGGAGGGUCUUCGGGUUCGGGAGGGCAAUUUGGCAAUUGCACGGUACGGCAGAGCAGCUAUGGAGGCAGAGAAGCUGUGAAAGGACGAGGAGAUUCUUCCACAGCAGACGACAGCUGUCCACGUGGCAUUUCCUCUAUUCUUUUGACUGUCCACGAGGCACUUCCUCGACUGUCCACGUGGCACUUCCUUGUGGCCAUCGUUGGAGUGAUUUCUGAAGAGGAGAGGAAGGUCUUCGGGAGGGCAAUUGGGCAAUUUUUUCACAGUCCAGCUGGAACAUCAUUUUGGUCGAAUGGUAUUUGCUUGGAUCUCAGUUCUUCCAAGGGUACUUUGGCAAUUGGCAAUUUCACAGCAGGGCUUUCCUGAUGUGUCUGGCCGCCAACAAUUAAGGCCGCACUCAGUUGUCAUGGUCCUCGUGUGACUGUUGCUGUGAAACCACCGGGGCUUCCGCGCCCCGUGCCGGGCCGGGCUGCGAGGAAGUCAAAAAAAUAUCCCGAAUGUUGCUCCGUGCCGGGCCGCGAGGAAGUAAAAAAAAAAAUUAUGGCCGGUGCUGCGAGCCCGAUUCAUGUUUGGUAGGCCGAGACCCGAAAGACGCCAUGUGUCACAAUGUGUCGAUGGGCCCCGUGGAACAAAAUGAUGGCUUGGAAUAAAAUUCCGGUGGUUUA